AUGACAUUAUUAUAUCGUUUUUACAAUUGUACAUUAGUACGUGAUCAUGCAUUGAUUCAAGAUGACCUUUGGAUUCGUAAUGGAAAAAUAAUAAAUCCAGAAAAAAUAUUUUUUAGUGAAAAAACUCGAGCUGAUAUUGAAUAUGAUUGUCAAGGUGCAUUAAUUGCUCCAGGAUAUAUUGAUUUACAAAUAAAUGGAGCAUUUGGUCAUGAUUUUUCAAGUGCUGAUGAAGCAAGUGAAGAAAUGCUUAUCAAGGUGGCUAAACUAUUAACAUCACAUGGUGUUACUGCUUUUGUUCCGACUAUUGUUAGUUCAUUACCAGAAACAUAUCAAGAAGUAUUACCAAUAUAUAAACGACGAGCUGGUUCAGCAAAAGAUGGUGCAACUAUUCUUGGUAUUCAUAUUGAAGGUCCAUUCAUUGCCGAAAACAAACGUGGUGCACAUCGAACUGAUUUUCUUCGCAAAAGUGAAUGUGGUAUUGAAGAUUUAAAAACUUGUUAUGGUUCAUUUGAAAAUGUAUCAAUAAUUACACUUGCACCUGAACUUCCAAAUAUGGUUGAAAAUGUUAUACCGGAAUUAGUUGCAAGACAUGAUUUAGUUGUAUCACUUGGUCAUUCAACUGCAACACUUGAUUGUGGUGAACGUGCUAUUCUUGCUGGUGCUAGAUUUAUUACACAUCUAUUCAAUGCAAUGUUACCAUUUCAUCACCGUGAUCCCGGUCUUGUUGGUCUUUUAACAACACAUCCUCUACCAGCAACGACAAUUGUAUAUUAUGGUUUAAUUGUUGAUACAGUUCAUACACAUUCAGCUGCCGUACGUCUUGCUCAUCGUGUACAUCCUCACGGUCUUGUUCUUGUUACUGAUGCUGUACCUGCAUUAGGAUUUCCUGAUGGUACUUAUCAUAUGGGCGCUCAUGAAAUAGUUGUGAAUGGUAAACGAGCAACUAUAGCUGGUACAGAAACAUUAUGUGGUAGUAUUGCAUCAUUAGCAGAAUGUGUUCAAUAUAUGAGACAAGCAUUACUUGAUGGAGAAACAAAUAAAGAAAUUAUUAAUGAAAAAGAUAGUACUCAAUUUGUUGUGGAAUCGAUUGAAGCAGCAACUCUUCAUCCAGCUCAAGUACUUCAUAUUGAAAAUCAAAAAGGUACAUUAUCAUUUGGUGCUGAUGCUGAUUUUAUUUUUCUUGAUAAAAGCCUUAAUAUUUUAUCGACAUUUAUUGCUGGUGAACAAGCAUGGACAGUAACUGAUCAAUGGUCAAUUGAUAAUCUUCAAACGAAAUCAAGUCAAUAA